AUGCUUCUCUUGCCACAGCAGCGCUACAUAUGCCUUUCGGUGCAUAUUCGAAGGCUCAUUACUACCUCUGCCUCUCGCGAGGCUUACCUUGAAACUCUACCAUCUCAUGAAGGGAUCACUUGCCUCUCGUUGAACAGGCCCCGUAGCAAGAAUGCGAUCUCCAUUCGCAUGCUACAGGAGCUUCAUGAGUGCCUGGAUCACGUCCACUACGACAAGAGGCAAACAUUCCUCCCAUUGGUCCAUACACGGGUGUUGAUUAUACGAUCUUCUUCUUCGGGCGCCUUCUGUGCCGGCGCUGAUCUAAUUGAGAGGAGAACCAUGUCCCCGGUGCAGGUUAACAAGUUUCUUGUCGACCUACGCAAUGGACUGCACAAGUUAGAAACUGCACCUGUACCAACUAUUGCGGCCAUCGACGGACCGGCUUUGGGGGGCGGUUUGGAACUCGCUUUGGCCGCCGACUUACGGGUAGCCGGUAUAGAUGUAACCAAGAUCGGCUUGCCAGAAACUAAACUUGGAAUCAUUCCCGGGGCAGGCGGGACACAGCGCGUUACCCGCCUACUCGGUCUGGCAAAGGCGAAAGACAUGAUCUUCACUGGUCGCAUGUUGACGGCUCAAGAAGCGCACGCGUGGGGCCUAGUCGAUUACGUCUCAGAAGAAGGCUCCUCGGGGUUUUACAGAGCGUUGCAGCUCGCUCAAAGCAUUGCUGCAAAUGCGCCGCUUGCCCUUCGUGCUGCGAAGCAAGCGAUAUCAAGGGCACCAGAGCUAGCAUUGGAGCCGGGUUUAGACUUCGAACGGGCAUCGUACGAGCCCUUGCUUCACAGUAAGGAUCGCAUAGAAGCACUGGAAGCAUUCCAGGAGAAACGCGUCCCGAUCUUCAAGGGCGAAUAG